AUGGAGAAUGCCGCCUCUCGCUUUGGUCAACACCUUGCACAUACCGAACAAAAGUAUCGUGAUCGUGCAUUAAAGAAAUUAUCCGUAUACUUAACCAAGAAGAAAGCGUGGACAAGUUUAGAAUGGGACAAACUUUGGAUGGCGCUGUUCUAUUGCAUGUGGAUGAGCGACAAGCGACCUGUUCAGGAAGAACUCUCGUCGAAUCUAGCUGCAUUAGUGCAUUGUAUACCCAGUAUCGACCUGGCAUUAGAUUUUGUGCACUCUUUUUUUCGGACCAUGCAGAGGGAAUGGCAUGGACUGGACGGUCUCCGACUGGACAAAUUUUACUCGCUCGUUCGCAAGUUUGUGCGCGAGACGGUAGUACUUUUCCGUACGCAGGACUGGAAAGAGACAUUAGUGCAGCAGUUUGUUACAAUUUUGUUGACUGAGGUCGUAAGUCAAUUGCCCAACGGACUGCGUUUGCAUUUAGCUGAUCUGUACUUGACAGAAAUGUAUAAUGCAGCGGGCAAGGAUAUCACGACAGAGGCUUUUUUGAUGUUGCUAGAGCCAUUCUUCACGCUGUUGAGAAGCGAGUAUGACAAGACGGUGUUUAAACGUGUGCGGGAGGUGGUGUUUGAGGAGAUGCUGACUAAGUACAAGUUUGGACCUCAGUCGAAGACAAGAGAGGAAGACGCGAAAGAGGAGACCGACGAGGAAGAAGAGGAUGAAGAGGAGCACAAGGUGUUUGAAAAGGUGGAGCUAGCACAAGUACAGCAUUGUAUCUUUGCUAUUGCGUCGGCGGACGACACGGCUGAACGUAACCGUUCAGCGCUGUACACGUUAUACAAAAAGUUCUUCACCAUUACGCGAGUUGAUUCUCUCCAGGCUGCGCAGGAAGAGGCUGCUAAGCCUAAGAAUAAGGCUGUGAGAAAAGAGACAAAGCAACGGGAAGAGAAGCUUGUUGCAACUAAAAGUGUGACGAAAUGUACGAAGGACGAGGAGGGUUGUGAUCAGAGUAUGAAGUCGAAGAAGCGAAAGAUUAAUACGGGAGUCAAAGUAGAACCUGAGGCAGCGAUUGUGAAGACUGAAGUCGUGAAGGAGGUAAAGUUCCUGACUGCGUCCGUGAAAAAGAAAGCAAAAAAGCAGAAGGCUGUCACUGAGGUGAAGGUUGAGAAAGUUGAAAUGACAAACUUAUCUGCAGAGACCGAAAAGGGUACGAAGAAGCAUAAAAUGAUUAAGCAGGAAAAGCAGGAGGUGAAAGUUGUGGCGCUGGUGGGGAAGGCAGCUGCUGUUUCUGUGAAGGACAAGAAAGCAGCAAAAGAGCCGCCGAAGGUACAGAAGGAACGUGCUGAAUCGAAGGAGAUAGCGGUGACUAGGAGCGGUAAUAAGUUUAAACGUUGUGCGAAUUGCGGUGGAUUUGGCAAAGGUUUGGUACAAAAUGACAAGAACCUCUGUGGUCACUGUGAACGUACUCGGAAGAAACAAACAAGAAAGGCAGCGUCGGCUUUGAAGAAGCGAAAGGCGGAAGUGCAAGCUGAGGCUGUACGAGAGGAGCAGCAAAAGAUGGAGUCAAGUAAGAAGGUUACGUUUGGCAAGAGUAAGGCUCUGCGGCAUGCAGUUUCGAUCAAACGACUAAAGGCGUCAGCUAAGCGCGAUGCUGUAUCGAAGGAUGUGGAUGAUAUUAAGGGCGUACUGAAGGUGAGCACUCCAUUGCGAGGUGUAUCAAAGAAGUCCAAAGUGAUAGAGACGCAAGGGAAGACAGCUUCAGACGUAUCUUAA